UUUUCAUGUGGGUGGAUGGGCGGGUCGUAGGUUGCCACCUGUUCAAGAGAAACGGUAUAGUUGCAGCCCGAACGUUCAGCCGAGAAUUCGCCACUUGUUGGAUUUUUCUGUGGAUCGUGCAAUCGUAAUCGCAAAAAUGCGUUCAGAUUCACGGAACAAUGUCGAGGAAACGAACUUUGGGAGCAGCAUAAUGACGGCAGGGAUGACGUGUCGCAAGUCCUCAAGAACGUCCUGUCAACGGGAACUCGAACUUACCGACUCAUCGUCGAUCAGCGAUGAUACGUGCACCGGGUCGGACGGACAAGGUCGGAACGGUAGCGGAGCAAUUAGAUCCGGUAACCGGAGGAAGCGCAAAUCCAGUGGCAAAGACAAGAACGUCCGGAGACUAGAAAGCAACGAGAGGGAAAGACUGCGAAUGCACAGCAUCAAUGAUGCCUUUCAGUCGCUUAGGGAGGUGAUACCACACGUCAAGAAGGACCGGCGGCUAUCAAAAAUCGAAACGCUCACGUUGGCCAAAAACUACAUCAUCGCCCUGACCAAGAUCAUAUGUGAAAUGAGAGGUGAACUGGAUCCAUUCAAGGACUCGCAGGAAGGAUCUGGUGGUGCGGCUGUGUCCUCAGACGCCACAAACACCGGACCGUCAUCGUCUAUAGCGGCGGCAACAGCGGCGGCUGCCGAAAUCGACAGACGGCUACAAUUAGCGUUACAAAACUCAGAUGAAUCAAUGGAUCUUUCUUAAUCGAAGACGAAGCAGCCGCCUCCGUGGCCGCCAGUCGCCACCAUCACAACCGCAAAUCCAUCGCAACCACCACCAACCAUACUUCCAUCUUAUUAUUUCCUUAUCCUAUACGUUAAAAUAUUAUUAAAAAAUGUUUGACUAAAUUCAAGUCAGCUUUCUCUGUUUCCGUCAUGUCAUAGAUACCUUUAUACACGAAUACGUUUUCAUUAACGUAAAAGUUACAAAAUUAAAACAUUAAAAAUAACGUACCUACCUAUAGAUACAUAUUAUAGAUGUCCAAAUUGACCAUAGCUUUUUACACAAAAGGUUAUCAAUCAGUAUCUAGUUUUCUAGCCAGUAAAAAAACCGAAACACCAAUACACACUAAACUAUUUAUAACUAUUAUUAUUAUUAAUAUACUAUAUUUUAGGUAUAGAAAAAAAAAUAUUAUAAGUUUAAGUAAAACGUAUAAAAUGGCAUUAUUUUUGGAUUCAUAUUUAUAGUAGGUAAUAUAUAAGUAUACUAUAUUUAUAUUACAUUAAUUUCUGACGGUCUAUGUGACUUAAUAUCUGUAUGCAAUACAGUUAUGAUCUUUACAUGAAAUAAUAUAACAAUAAUAUUUUAUCGUAUGUGAUACGAGGCGAAAAAUGUAAUUUUGUUCGCCUUACCCAUAUUUGAUGUAUUCAUCAAACUGUGAGACAUUAUAUGGCAACUAGCAAAAAUGUGAUUAUAUGUGCGUGUUUAUCAUGAUUUUACCCUUUAAAAAAAUAGUAAUGGAUUUCAAGCUGCUCAAAUAAAUAAUAAAAUCCUCAUUGAUUUUACUCUGGCUCUCUCUAUCUCUCUAUAUGUAUUAUAUAUAGGUACCCCAUAUCCUUAAAAUAACACGUCACAACUGAAAUUAUAUAAAAAAAUAAAAUUUCACAAACACUAAUAAAAUAUUAUUGUUAUUAAUUUAUUUAUCUCAAAGAAGAAUAGAGCCCUAUAGAACCUUGCUGAAAGUACGUCUUUGUGAGAGCCUGAAUGGCUUGAACAUAAAAUAUAAUUAUAUAUUAUAAUUUAUAAUAAAUAAUGAGUAACAGUAUAAUGUGUUUAUUUUUUAGACAUAUUUUAUCUUAAGAGGACGUCAGCGCACUAUUUUUUUUCUCUCUCUGGCCCACGCGUAACAUAGACAAAACUCAUUUACGAAGAAUCACUUUUUCUAUGUUUUUUAGUAAUCUUAGAGUAAAAUCAUCCAUUACAAAAAAGAUAGAGAAUAUUAUUUUUGAAGGAAUGACAUAUCGAUUUUAUAUUUUAUUGUUAUUUGACUUUGUAUUCGACUUUCAAAAUAAACAAAAAAUGUUGUAAAUUUAAAUUAUAUCUAAAUUGUUUUGAGACAAUAUUUAGACAAAUCGAUAUGUCAUUCCCUCAAAAAUAUUAUUCUCUAUAUUUUUUGUGAUGGGUGAUUUUACUCUAAGAUAACUUAAAAAUAUAGAAAAAAUGAUUCUGCGUAAAUGCGUUUUGUCUAUGUUGCGCGUGGGCCAGAGAGAGAAAACAAAUGGUGCGCUAACAUCCCAUUAAUGUAAAUUGUAUUAUGUUUAAACCAUACGUCCAUACAACUAUUAUACAAGCGUGUUUAUAUAAUUAUUGUAUUAUUUAUAUUAGAUGACAAAUAAUACAGAUAAACUGCAAUAUGUCAGUAAAUAGUUAUUAGUUAACUAAUAUUUAAUUUUAUUGAUUUAUAAAUAAUACUUUAAAACACUUAUAACAUAUACACAUUGCUUAAGUCAAUAUCUUGUAUAAUACCUUUAUUAUUUAUAAGACCCAUGCCGGAUUUUGAACUCUAGGUCCUGGGGGUCCCAGGUGUAAAAUAACAAUUUGGGGCCCCUUAAAAACAUGCUAUUAGGAUUCUUACUUAAUUUUAUUAAAAAACAAAUGUAUUAUUAAUUAUGACGUACAGAUAUUUAAAAUAAAUCUUUAGCUGUCCAAAUUAUCAUUUAAAUAUUACUACAGCUCUAAAACAUGAUCAUCAUCUGCGCGCGGUACGAUAUGCUAUUAUGUUUAUGCCGUUUAUGAUACAUUCGAUAUACAUAAUGUCGGAGGUGCUAUUCCAAGUCAACGGGGUCCUAGUGCAAUGCACUGUUUGCAACAACAUAAAUCCAUAAGGGUACCUAUAUAAUACAAGGUACCUAACUCAUAUAUACCUACUGGCUACUAGUCUAUGUAUGAUGAAAGCUUUUAUUACACAUAUUUUAUUACUUAGAAUAACAUUUAGCUUCAAAACUGUUUAUUUUUAACAGCCAUACAUAUUAUGUUAACUGUCUUUAUCUUACAUAAGUUACAUAAAACAUAGUGAUGCUAACAUAUUUAAUGUGGUAUAAUUUAUUGUUAGCAAAAGUCAAUAAAAAUAAAAUUUUUUCUAAGAAUAUGUAAAAUAUGAUAAGCCUUAUAAACAAAUCAAUAAAUCUAUUAUUAUUAUUAAUAUUAAUAAAUUAAUCAACAAUUAUUAUACAUGUAAAUCGAAAUAUUGUAUACUACCUACGUGGCUACGUCCUAUAUACUAAUUUAUUUUAAUUUAGACAAAUACCGAAUAAAAUUAAUCUUUUUUAAUUCUUUUUCUAGAAGUGUCAAUAUUAUUAAAGAAUGAUUUAGUUAAAUCAUAUUUAUGAAUAUUUGAAAUGCGUUUAAUACAUUUUGCUUGAUAUAAAUUAAAUAGAUGACGAGCAUGCUUAAAAAAUAUAUAUCUUUAGAAACUCCUGCCCAUCGCCUAAUUAAUAACAGUCCAAUAUUAUUAUCUAUUACAUAAAAAUGUUGAUUAUAUACUAUGAAAACUUUCAUUAAGUAAAAUUAACGUUUUUUUUUAUCAAAUGUAAAUUUAUACUUUUUAUGUACCUAUUUAUUUUCUAUGUUAUUAAUAACUAGGUGUUCAUACACAGCUGAGAGCUGGUUUCAACUUUUAAACUCUUAUUAUGUAGUGGGUGUACUAAUUAUAAAAAUGUACGUUAUAACCACGAUGUAUCCUACUUUAUUGUGGAAUAAUUUAUACUUAUUAUAGUGUUGGUAUUAUGUAAUAAAUCAAAUAUAAUUUAAAUAAAUAUAUUGUUCGCAAUAUUAUUCCUAUAUAGUCAAAUAAAUAUUAUAUUUUUGUUG